GUUUGAGGUGCAUUGGAUCAAACAAGUACCAGCGUCAUAGCAAGGUAAGCAUUCACCCGCCAGUGAGGUGUGUGCAGUUUGUCCUAACAAUAAGACGCAAAGAUGCACGGUGGAACAAGCAUAAUUUAUGCAGCCAAAUGACCGGAACUCAACACACUGGGGCCAAACGCAAUCUUCAUCGGUUUAGUACACUACAGGUUCAGGUAUUGAAUCCAAACGAUCCGGAUAAACAUGCAUUUUGCCGGCUAAGUCCAUUUUCCAUUUGCAUGGAACGGACAAGCAACAUUUCUCGGCUAAUGAUCUGGGCUAGAAUUACUGGUCAGAAAAUCGCCCCACCAUUUUUCUUUUCCAGGAACGUGACCGCAUCGUCAUACAAGGAAUUGCUCCGGACUUGCGUACCGCCACAGUUGGAGACGGAUGGAGUUCGCAGUACCAUAUGGUCGCAUCAUGAUGGUGCGCCAGCACAUUAUGUUCAAUCGGUGUGAGAAUAUCUCUACGAUGAAUUCAGCCGACGUUGGGUCGGUCGUGGAGACCCCAUCCAGGGGCCCCCACGGUCACCCGAUUUAAACCCGCUGGAUUUUUUUUCUCUGGGGAUAUUUGAAACGAAGGAUUUACAGAAACAAGCCGAUUUCCCUCGAGCAAUUGCAUCAGAAUAUUGUGAAUGAAUGCCACGCCAUCUCCACCGUGGCGUUGCAGAAAGUACCUGUUAACCGCAUCAAGCGAUUUCCUUACUGUAGUCAGAAUGCAGGUGGACACUUUCAACAUCUCCUUCCAUGAUAUCUCUUUCCGUCUAACCCUGCUUAUGUAAAUAUAUGUUUCAUCGAUUG